CUUUCUGCUGGGCGAUAAAACCUACUUCCAAAUUCUCUCGCGGUAGUUUACUUGGAUCGGUUAAAUUCCACUCUUCCUCCUCCCCAUCCAAUUCGCCGGCGGGAGCGAGAGGGAUGGGGGGCGUUCAGCAGAGUCGGCGCCGGCUGCUAGGGUUUGUCGUGGCUGUGUUGACGGCGUUUAUGUCGGCGGUGUUUCCUGUUGCGGGGAGGUUUGUUGUGGAAAAGAACAGUUUGAUGGUGACGGCCCCAUCGGAUAUGCGGGGGAAGCACGACAGUGCCAUCGGGAACUUUGGGAUACCGCAGUAUGGAGGGAGUAUGUCGGGGACGGUGGUUUACCCGAAGGAUAAUCGGUUGGCGUGUGAUGAGUUCAGCUCUUCAUUUCGGAGCAAGCCAGGCGCUAUGCCUACUUUCCUGCUCGUCGAUCGCGGAGAUUGUGUAUUUGCUAAGAAGGUGUGGAAUGCUCAGAAUGCCGGUGCUUCUGCCGUUCUUGUUGUUGAUGACACAAACGAGCCACUGAUAACCAUGGAUUUACCCCACGAAGAUGACGAAGCUGCAAAAUAUAUUCAAAAUGUAACUAUUCCUUCAGCCCUCAUUGACAAGAAGUUCGGGCAAGAAUUAAAGAAAGCUAUCUCCAGUGGUGAAAUGGUCAAUGUUAACUUGGAUUGGCGUGAAGCUGUUCCUCAUCCGGAUGAACGUGUGGAGUACGAGCUGUGGACGAAUAGCAAUGAUGAGUGUGGAGCCAAAUGCGACAUGUUGAUGGAAUUUACGAGGGAUUUUAAGGGCGCUGCUCAGUUGCUCGAGAAAGGUGGCUUUAGUCAGUUUACCCCUCAUUACAUUACAUGGUACUGCCCUGAGGCAUUUCUUCUUAGUAAACAAUGCAAGUCUCAGUGCAUUAAUCACGGGAGAUAUUGUGCGCCAGAUCCUGAGCAAGACUUUAGCACGGGAUAUGAUGGAAAGGAUGUGGUUGUGGAAAAUUUAAGACAACUUUGCGUGUUUAGAGUUGCGAAUGAGAGCAAGAAGCCUUGGAUUUGGUGGGAUUAUGUAACAGAUUUUCACAUAAGAUGUCCUAUGAAGCAGAAGAAAUAUAACAAAGAAUGUGCUGAUUCUGUCAUUAAAUCUUUAGGGCUAGAUGCCAAUGAGAUAAAAAAAUGUAUGGGAGAUCCAAAUGAAGAUGCUGAUAAUCCUAUCUUGAAAGAAGAGCAAGAUGCACAGAUUGGAAAAGGCUCAAGAGGAGAUGUCACCAUACUGCCCACACUCGUUGUUAAUAAUCGACAGUAUAGAGGAAAGUUGGAGAAAAAAGCUGUGCUAAAAGCUAUUUGUUCUGGCUUUGAGGAAACCACUGAGCCUGCUGCUUGUCUCAGUGAUGAUAUUGAAACAAAUGAAUGUCUUGAUAAUAAUGGGGGUUGCUGGCAAGAUAAAGCUUCCAACAUUACCGCCUGCAAAGACACAUUUCGUGGUAGAGUUUGCGAGUGUCCUCUCUUCAAUGGUGUGCAGUUUAAGGGAGAUGGCUACAGCCAUUGUGAAGCAAUGGGUCCUGGGAGGUGUAGGAUAAAUAAUGGGGGUUGCUGGAAGGAAACCAGGAAUGGAAGCACCUUCUCUGCUUGCCAGGAUUCUGAAGAUCACAAAUGCCAGUGCCCUCCUGGUUUUGUCGGGGAUGGUGUUAAGAAUUGUGAAGAUAUUGAUGAGUGCGAAGAGAAAAAAGCUUGCCAGUGUCCGGAAUGUAGCUGCAAAAACACAUGGGGUGACUAUCAGUGCACUUGUGCCGGAGAUCUUUUGUACAUUAAGGAGCAUGAUACAUGCAUAAGUAAGAAAACUGGCGAAGCGAAGGCGACUUGGACUGCCGUGUGGAUCAUCUUGAUAGUUUUGGCUGUUGUUGCUGGCGGAGCUUAUAUGGUAUACAAGUAUAGACUACGGUCCUACAUGGAUUCAGAAAUCAGAGCUAUUAUGGCGCAGUACAUGCCCCUCGACAGCCAAAAUGAGGUGCCGAGCCAUUCUCAUGAAGAAAAUCACAUCUGAAAACUGGUAAGAUUAAUACUUCGCAUAUCUUGAUCCUCAUCUUGUUCAUCUUAAGAGACCAAUUUCCUAACAAAACUGGUGAGCUCAUAGAACAGCAGAUUGGGAAUUCUUAACAAAUAAACAUGAGAAAAGUUUUAUCAGUGACAGUGAGAGAAAACACAAGACGUGCUGAUUUUUUGGCCUGCUUUGUAUAGAAUUCAUGUAAUAUUUUCCCUAAUAUUUACCUGCUAGCAUAAGUUGAGAGAGAGAGAGAAUGAGGGAGAGCUAUUUUGAGUUCAUUAUCUGUGGAUGUUUUUUGCUGCUGUAAUAUUUUAGAAUCUGUAUAUCUGUAUUUGCUAUAUCGAUAAAUACUGAAAUAUUUGUU